CAAAUUCCAAUAUGUUUGAGCUUCUUUGUUUCAGUAAUAUUUAGAGUAAUUCUAACUCUUGGAAAGCAACCUUUUAAGAGUUACUGUUCAGAAGAGACCAGGAUUAUGCCUGCAGUCAAAAGGGUUCAAAAAUAGUAACUAUUUUAUUUGGGGUAUGUCAUUUUCCGGCUUGUGUGAAAAAGAGGGGCACUACAGAAGGGGUUAAACCCCCGCAGGCUUAGGUCAAAUUAAAUUACAUGUACAUUUUCUUAGGUAAUGAAGAUACCAAAUGGGCCCCCAGAACUGAUUGUAUCUGAAAACAGUUUUUCAUUCAGGACAUUUUUUAUCUGAUCCUAUUUUAUGGAUGCCCAGUUGUCAUUCUCUAUACAGUGUACUUAACGAGCUAGCCCAACCUAUUUUUUUUUCAGAAAUAAAGCUUACUUAGUCAAGAACACAAGAUGGGUUAGUACAAAACUACUAUAGAAUAAGCAUAGAUAAUAUGACUAUUGUGGGCUGAAAGUUUCGUCCAUUAUCAAACUAUUUUUGACUACAAUUGCCUUGUAGGCUCAUUUAGUCUGUAGUCUGAAGCUUGUUGCUUCGGAUGGUUUAAAAAAAAAAAAAUUUAUUCCGACAAGAAGAAAUCCUGGGAAUUUAUUGCUGAAUGUCAUUUGGGAUCUGGUUCAGAUAAGGAGGCAAAGAACUGAAUUAUUUAUUUUCAGCCCGGCUGAUAGUGAAAGACUUGACCAUUAAUUAUCAGACUGUGCAAAAAACAAAACAAAAACUCUCACAGUACUGCAAACAAUGUGCUAUCUAGCAGCAAUUUGUAACAUGCUUUGGUUAGCGUAUGUCUUUCCAAAUUCAUAUUUUAUUAUCUUACUGCUCCCAUAUUGCUUGUAAUGGCAAAUUGCCUUGGUAGCGGUUGCUAGCAACUGUCUAAACUCUGUCAGCCAUCCUGUAAGUGAAGAAUGUUUUAUGUCCAUGAAGCGUGAGAGCUUAAGUACAAUGUGAAUUUGCAUUGAUUGACAUCUGCAUUUUAAAAAUAGUAUCUUAAUAAAGGAUGGUGGGAGGUUUUUGCCAUUGCAAUUUCAGAAACUGAGAUCAAUUUACUUCCUCAUGCUUUCACAAUGCACAGUACCACAAUUAGGCUGUUAGUGCAACCAAGUGAUCUGGGACACCUUAGCCUUGCCUUAGUGCCUCAGCAAGGAGUGCCUUAAUCUAACCAAGGUGUAUUCAUGUGGGUGGGGUGGACAUAAACACACCCUGCCCAGAACUCAGAGCAGAGUGGAAAAGGUAGGCAGAGAGGAAGGAGCAGUCACUACAUUUGUACACACACCAGGAGAAAAAUUCCCACAUCUGGAACAUUCUUCUUGCUUUACUUAGCUGCCCAAAAUCCCUAAGCAAUGUCUGAAGAAACGCCAGAAGCCUUUAAAGAUAUCCGCAGCAAGCCUGGCCUGCAGAUAUGGACCAUAAACAAUAUGGAGAUGGUCCCUGUUGAUCAGCAGGCCUUUGGGAAUUUCUUUGAGGGUGAUUGCUAUAUUGUUCUGCAUGAAAGCAAUGACUCUGCUCACUCCAAGAACAUCCAUUAUUGGAUUGGGAACACCUCCUCCCAGGAUGAGCAAGGGGCGGCGGCCAUCUAUGUGACCCAGCUGGAUGAGUUUUUGGGCGGCAGCCCCAUUCAGCACAGAGAGGUGCAGGGCUGUGAGUCCUCCAAAUUCCAGAGCUACUUCAAAAACGGCAUCAUCUACAAGAAAGGGGGAGUGGCGUCGGGGUUCCACCAUGUCGACGUCAACGUGUACAACAUUCUGCGUCUGCUGCACAUUAAAGGUCGUAAGCAUGUCAAGGCCACUGAGGUGCCUGUCUCCUGGAACAGUUUCAACAACGGCGACAUAUUCCUGCUGGACAUGGGAAAGGUGAUUGUGCAGUGGAAUGGCCCUCAAAGCAACAGAAGAGAGAAGCUGAAGGCAAUGCUCCUGGCCCAGGACAUUCGGGAUAGGGAGCGAGGUGGGCGGGCCCAGAUUGGCGUGGUCGAGGGCGGGGACGAGGGAGACUCCCCGGAGCUGAUGAAGAUCAUGACGGCCGUGCUCGGUCAGAGGGUGGGGCAGCUGAAAGAGGCCAUCCCAGACGAUAACACAAGCAUCGACCAGUCUGGCAGUGUUAGGCUCUACCAUGUCUCGGAUGCCAGCGGUAGCCUGGUCGUCCAAGAGGUCGCCACCCAGCCACUUACCCAGGAUCUGCUCAACUCAUCGGACUGCUAUAUCGUGGACCAGGGUGGAGCCAGUAUUGCAGUGUGGAAGGGGAAGGGCGCCUCCAGCGAGGAGCGGAGUGCAGCUUUGGGAAGGGCGGUGGGCUUCAUUAAAGCAAAGAACUACCCCUCCAGCACCAAUGUAGAGGUGAUGGCUGAGGGCGGGGAGUCGGCCAUGUUUAAGCACCUCUUCAAGUCCUGGAAAGACAAGAACCAAAGUCAGGGCUUGGGCAGGACCUACUCUGUGGGCAAGAUUGCUAACGUGAGCCAGGAAAAGUUUGAUGUAAUGGAACUCCACGCUCGGCCUGAACUGGCCGCCCAGCAGCGCAUGGUGGACGACGCCUCUGGAGAAGUGCAGGUGUGGCGCAUCGAGAACCUGGAGCUGCAGGAACUUCACCCCAGCUCCUACGGCCAGUUCUACGGAGGAGAUUGCUACCUGAUUCUCUACACCUACAAGAGGACCAACCAGUUACAGUACAUCCUCUACAUGUGGCUGGGUCGCCAUGCCACCCAAGAUGAGAUCACGGCGUGCGCGUACCAGGCUGUCAAUGUAGAUAAUAAGUACAACGGGGCACCCGUCCAGGUCAGAGUUACCAUGGGCAAGGAGCCACGUCACUUCAUGGCUAUUUUCAAGGGGAAGCUUAUCAUCUUUGAGGGUGGGACGGGGCGACCUGGAGUGGUGACACCUAACUCUGGCAACGCCAGGCUGUUCCAGAUGCGAGGGACACAUGAGUUCAACACCAAGUCAACUGAGGUCCCAGCCCGUGCAUCUUCCCUCAACAGCAAUGAUGUCUUCCUCCUAAACACAGACCGGGUCUGCUACCUGUGGUAUGGGAAGGGCUGCAGUGGGGACGAGAGGCAGAUGGGAAAAUAUGUUGCUGAUGUCCUCACCAAGCAGGACAAGCAGGUGGUGAUGGAGGGACAGGAGCCAGCCGAGUUCUGGGUGGAACUGGGGGGAAAGGCUCCGUACGCCAGUGAUAAGAGGUUCCAAGUGCAGGAGCCUGCCCACAAUCCCCGGCUGUUUGAAUGCUCCAAUCAGACGGGCCGUUUCCUGAUGACAGAGGUGGAGGACUUUGCCCAGGAGGACCUGGAUGAGGAGGAUGUCAUGCUGCUUGACACUUGGGAAGAGCUCUUCCUGUGGAUUGGCCAGUCAGCCAAUGACUAUGAAUCCAAGGAGGCGUAUACCAGCGCAGUGGAGUACCUUAAGACCCAUCCAGCCGGCAGGGACCCAGGCACACCCAUAAUAACCGUGAAGCAGGGUUUUGAGCCGCCAACCUUCACAGGCUGGUUCAAUGCCUGGGACACCCAUAAGUGGAGUGGUGGAAAUUCAUACGAGGAAAUGAAAAAUCAGCUGGGGGAUGUUGCAUCUAUUUCACAGAUUACUGUUAAUCUGAAGAACACAGAUCUGAACCUGCAGAACAAGGGCGGUUGGGGAUACAGUGCCCCAGGAGGUCCGAUCACUUCCACACUAAAUGUUUCGGGGCCCGGAAACAAGACCAAAGCAGAACAGCCUUUAAUCGUCAUCUCUGGGGCUAAUGCUCCCAGUAUGAACCCCCAACUGCUGCUUAACAGGACCCCAGAUGAGCUGCCUGCAGGGGUAGAUCCAGGGAAGAGGGAGGAAUACCUGUCAGAUGCAGAUUUUGAGGCCAGGCUCGGUUCUUCGCGGGCAGAUUUCUAUCGCUUGCCCAAGUGGCGGCAAAAUCACCUCAAGAAGUUAGCGGGGCUUUUCUGAGAGUGAGCAGGGGCAUCCUUUCAGCCACACCAGAUGCCAAAUGAUUUCCGCACUUCCAUUAGCAUAAGCGUGACCAACCCUGAUUCUGAAGACCCAAGAGCCCAUCAGACAAACUAUUAAAAAGCAGCGAUUCUGCUCUUUGAUUAUCAGGAUGGUCUAAAUAGGGCAGCAGACCCAUUCUUUGGCAGAAUUGAGAAUCCAGAACAUUGAUGGGCUCAACAUUUUAAAAACUACUAUAAACAAUGUCCAAAACUUGAAUAAAUUGUAAAAAUACAAACAAUAAUUAAGUAAGUCACAUUUAUAACAUUUUUUAUUUUAUAUAUUUGAAUGUUUAGAAAUAUUUCACAAUAGCACUGAACCCUUUGAUAGGGACUAAAUCCUGCUGUUCACUGAUAUUUUGAAAACUUUUAAACAUUUACACUAAAAAAGCAUAUUAAAUUUUACUUAUUUUUUUAUUAAACUUAACAUGCCUGUCUUGUGAAAAUACAAGAGAU